AUGGAUUCGCUGAGGGAAACCAGGAAACAAACAAUCAAAGCUAAAUCGGCGAAGCGCAAGAACAAAACGCAUAAGUCCCAGAAGCUGUUCAGAAGGAAAUCGUUAAAAUCGCUGGGAAAUUUUAUGAGCAGGAUUGUCAAAACUUUGGGCACUUUGGCACACUUGGGGGACGCGGAUCAGCCGGACGCAGCAGCGGAGGAUGAUGAUGGUGGAUUUGGAGACACGGCGAGUGUCCACAACUCUGGGAACUACAGAGAGAGCUCGGCGAGGAAAAGCUCUUCUUACGGGUCUGUGAAAGAAAGACUGUCCUGGUGUUACGGAGAGAAAACACCGGGAGUUCAGGGUCUGAAGAAUCACGGAAACACCUGUUUUAUGAACGCUGUGGUGCAGUGUCUGAGUAACACAGAACUUCUGGCUGAAUAUCUGGGUCUGGAGCAGUAUAAAUAUGAAUUAAAUGAGCGGAGGAUCAACGGGAUGAUGAAGAGUGAGGAGGUCAGAGGGGAAGUCACGGACAAGCUGGCAUCGUUAGUAAGGGCGCUCUGGACAAACGACUACACGCCUCAGCUGUCGGUGGAUUUUAAGAGUGUUGUGGCCAAGUAUGGCUCUCAGUUUAAAGGAAACGCUCAACAUGAUGCUUUGGAGUUUCUGCUCUGGCUUCUGGAUUGUGUGCAUGAGGACGCUAACCUCUCCACCAACAACAACCAAAGCAGAAAUAGUUCAUCCAGCAAGCCCGGAACUCGACACAGUUUUGUACAGGAGCACUUCCAAGCCCAGUACAGGUCAUCCUUGACAUGCCCGCAUUGCCUUAAACAGAGCAACACUUUUGACCCUUUCCUGUGUAUUUCCCUUCCAAUCCCGCUGCGACAGACCAGGGCCCUGAAUGUGACUCUGGUGUUCAGCACAGAAGGUCAGCGGUUUCUGAGAAUAGGGCUGGCUGUGCCUCUCUUUGGGUCUAUUUCAACCCUCAGGGCCAUGGUAGCAGAGGAGGGCAAGCUCUCUCCAGACCAGGUAAUUUUGACAGAGAUGAACUCGGGUGGGUUCCAGCGCUCUUUCUCUGAUGAAGAUGACAUGACCAGUAUAUCAGAGAGUGAUGUCAUCUACGCCUUCCAGGUUCCCCCUCACUUCACCAGAGGAGGUUCCAUGCGGUUCUCAGAUUUCAAAGGUCACAGGCUACCGCCAUCAGGGACGUUAUCAACAGAAUUCUUGAAUCAUGGGGGCUCUUCAAAAGUCCUUCUCUUAAUCUGCAAUGUUGCUGGCUCUGGCCAACAGGCUACAAGGUUCGGGCCACCAUUUCUGAUGAGAGUAGAAAGAACUCUUUCUUGGGAUCAUCUGCAACAGAGCGUCUGCAAUAAGCUUUACGUUUUUCAAAAAACUGCAAUAAUAAAGGUUAGUACUACUGAACUGUUUAAAGUGCGUGUGGUGGGUGGAUCAGCCUCCUGCAGUUAUCUGUCUCCGCACGACAGCAGACCUCUGUGCCAUCCCACCGUAGACAGAGCCCUCAAGCUAUGUGGUCCAGGUGGUCCUUUGCAUGUGAAGCUCAUAAUUGAAUGGGACAACAAAAUUAAAGAAUGCCUCUUUGGCAAUAUUCAAGAGGAGGUGAUUGAAGAUGCAGAGAGUGUGAGAAUCCAGCAGCAGAAUCAUGUACAACAGCACAGCUGCACACUGGAUGACUGUUUUCAGCUCUACACCAAAGAGGAGCAGCUGGCACCAGACGAUGCAUGGAAGUGCCCCCACUGUAAGCAAAUGCAGCAGGGAAUGGUGAAGAUGAGUUUAUGGACACUGCCCGACAUCCUCAUUCUGCACCUGAAGCGUUUUCGACAGGUGGGCAAACGGCGAAACAAGCUCUCCACCCUCAUUCGCUUUCCUGUAAGUGCUCUGGAUAUGACCCCCCAUGUGGUGAAACGCAGUCAAAGCAUGAAGAAUCUGGCCCCGUUGCCUUCAACUUGGAAGCAUGGAGAAACUGACUUUCUUUAUGACUUGUAUGCAGUUUGCAACCACCACGGAGGCAUGCAUGGAGGCCAUUACACAGCCUAUUGCAGGAACUCCGUGGACGGCCACUGGUACAGUUAUGAUGACAGCAGUGUGGAGAUUGUGCCAGAGGAGGAACUGUGCACACGAGGGGCUUAUAUCCUGUUCUACCAGAGGAGAAAUGUCAUCCCACCCUGGUCUGCCAACAGCUCGGUCAGAGGUUCCACCAGCUCCUCGAUGUCAGAUCACUGGCUCAUCCGUUUGAAUGGUGACAGUAAAAGAGGAAGUAUGGUUUCACGGUCUUCUACAACAUGCCCUUCUUCCAUCGCUGACUCCCCAGAGUCACCAGUUUUUAAAAAUGAACCCUCAAUUGAGGAAAGAGGUGGGUUUGAAAGCAGACCUUUUGUGCGAGGAAUCCAAGGUCGUAGUGUAAGCAUGAGAAGUCCCACCAAGACUAAAGUGCUCCCACUGCGAUGGUCUUUUGGAAAUAAAGACCGCCACAAACCUGUGCCGGCUUCUGAGCAGUCUCCUGCAGAACUGGUGGAGUAUUUAGAGUCUGGGAGGAGACCAAGAUGUACCAAAGACCCUAUUGUUUCCCUAAUGACUCGACCUUCAGACAAAGACAACGAUGCAAAAAAAACAGCCAAAUCUUCCAGCCACAGUGGCCUCAGACCUCCAGAAUAUCUGAAAAUACCACAGGGUCAAGAAAGAAGUAGCUCAGAGAAAGCAAUGGGCCAACAACCUGCCAGCAGCAGUAGAUCAAGAGAAGAAGGGACCUUGACCAGACGGAGCAGCAGAAAAUCUAAACCGGACCAAUCACACUCCAGGAAGAGCUCUGGAGCAGGGAUCCAGUCCAGUUGUAGUACUCCAAGUGGCUGGGAAACAGCACAGAAGCAUGAGUCGAGUGACAAGCGUGACCAAUCAGAGGAUAAACAUAAAAAAGGGCAGGAGACUAAACGUCAUGAUGUCUUCGCUUUUCUCAAAGGUGGCUUUAUCAAGAAGGAUUCCCUUCGGAAGUCUCGGGAUAAUGAUUCUGUCAAAAAGGCUGAUUCAGGGGUGAAGAGCCCAUCUGGAGUUUCCCUCUCCAACGGGACACAUAAUAGAAAUCCAGAAGGUAAAGUCAGUACUAUGAACCAUGGUAGCAGGCACGGAAGUGAACUGGCAAAUGGCAAGGUAAGUCGUGGUUCCUCAGACAUCAAACGCUCACAAAGCUCAUCCAAUAUUCAAAGCAAAACUGAUCUAGGCUUAAGAAGAACAGCAUCUUUACACAGAAACGGCACAUCGGUGGCCCAACCACAGAGCGUGACAGGGGACAGGGGCUCUCAGAGCACUUUACAAUGCACACGCUACAGCACAAACUCACUGGGCAGAAAGAAGGCAGUGCCUGAAUCAAGUUUCUAA